UCCAUCAGGCUUCUUUGCGACGCCCACCAGUUCUCACCAUGAAGCUCCUGUCACUGUUCCUGGUCGUGAUGGUGACCUUGUCUGGCCUCAUCAGCUGGGCCAGCGCCAUGCCUGACCCCGACCCAGUGGCUGACCCAGCCACCUUCGGCAGGUUUCAUGGCGGAGGAGGUGGUCAUGGCUUCCACAGGGGGCACGGCCGUGGAUUUGGAAGGGUUCAUGGCCACGGCUUUGCCAGGGGUCACAGUGGUGGCUUCGGCUCUCGUCACGGCUUCCACGGAUGAGUGAAACGACGCCAGAAAUCUACCAGAAAUGAUAUUUACCUCCUCGCUUGAGAAAUGCAAAAUAAAAACCCGAACGCAU